AUGGCUGAUGAGCCUAGAGAUCCAGUGCUUCAUGCCCCCACAGAGCUAGAAAACCUGAAAACUUUUGAAUGUGAAGGAAAUCAACCUGAGGAUGCUUUAGACCUGCAAAACAGGUCAAAGGGUAUUAGAGGAGUAGAAGCCAAUUAUGCUUUGAAGCUUGCGAACAAUCCUCCAAAGAGAUCUAAGUUGGAUGAACACAAAGUAGCAAUGCUUGGUAAAAAGCGAGCCAGACAAACUGUGAUAAUUAAUGACGAGGAUGCAAAGCAAGCUGGUAUAAUGACAAUAUCAACACCCAGGAGACAAUCUCGUGGGGCUGGUGAAGUAGCUGCAGGAACACAGAACCAGCUGGCCAUCAGGGACCAGAGGCAAACUGAAAUGAUGGGUCCAGAACGAAGUAAUUCUGCCACCCCAAGGGAUAGAAAUGCAGAUUCCAGUGUUGAUGUUGAAUUGGCAUCUCCGAACUGGUCAAAGAAAAUGAAUGCUGAAAUACCCCCCUCAGAUGGGAACCAACAAUCUGUACCAAGGCAGGCCACUUUGAGGCAAACCAUGGAUUCCAAGCAGUUCAAGGGCCGACCAGUCUCUUCUCAGAGAGCAGAUGUAACAGGGCAGAACAUGGCAGAUCAGAAACGAGCCCACAAGAGGUCUCUUGUUUCCAAGAAAGAAGCUUCAGCAAAUAAUACACAAUAUCAUGACACAUCUGUUGAACGACUUCUACAGGAAGUGACAAGUGAUAAGUUCUGGCAUAAUCCAGCACAUUUUAUCCAAGCAGAGGAGUCGGAACUCCAAUCUGUUCCUGGAAGCUUUGAAUCUGCUGAGGAGUACAUUAGAGUUUUUGAGCCUUUGCUUUUUGAGGAAUGCAGAGCUCAGCUACACAGUUCUUAUGAGGAAUCUCUUGAGGCUGUCUCAAGGGAUGCACAUGUAAUGGUGCGCGUUAGAACUGUGGAUAGGCGUGAAAGAGGGUGGUAUGAUGUUCUUGUUCUACCAGCACAUGAAUAUAAAUGGACUUUUAAAGAAGGAGAAGUUGCAGUUUUGUCAUUCCCUCGGCCUGAUUCAGCUGCACAGUCAAGUAAUUCUAAUAGGAAGACUGUUGGUUCAAAUGAAGAUGCCGAGUCAGAGUGUGGACGGCUUGUUGGUAGAGUCCGGCGCCAUAUGCCUAAUGAUACACGUGAUCCCAUUGGAGCAAUUAUCCGUUUUUAUGCUGGGAACCCGUCUGAUUCUAGCUGUGAGAUUAAUGUUCUGGGGAAACUCCAACCUCAAAGCACCUGGUAUCUAACUGGUCUCGGUUCUCUCGCAACAACACAAAGGGAGUAUAUUGCGUUGCACGCAUUCCGCCGUCUUAAUGUGCAGAUGCAAAAUGCAAUUCUUCAGCCGAGUCCAGAGCACUUCCCCAAGUACCAAGAGCAGCCACCUGCUAUGCCUGACUGCUUCACUCCAAAUUUUUCUUGUCAUCUCCAUCAUACAUUCAAUGGGCCUCAGCUAUCAGCAAUCCAUUGGGCUGCAAUGCAUACAGCUGCUGGCACAGGCAAUGGAGUAGUGAAGAAACAAGAACCUUGGCCUUUCACAUUGGUACAAGGUCCUCCAGGAACAGGGAAAACUCAUACUGUUUGGGGAAUGCUAAAUGUUAUUCAUCUUGUUCAGUAUCAACAUUACUAUGCUGCUCUGCUAAAAAAACUUGCUCCUGAAAGUUAUGAGCAAGUUGGUGGUAGUGCUAGCAGCACCUCAGAAGCUGUUGCUGCGGGCUCAAUGGAUGAAGUUUUGCAGAGCAUGAAUCAAAACCUGUUUCGCACUCUUCCCAAGCUUUGCCCCAAACCGCGGAUGCUUGUUUGUGCCCCAUCAAAUGCUGCAACAGAUGAGCUGCUUGCUCGUGUUCUAGAUCGUGGUUUCAUAGAUGGUGAGAUGAGGGUCUACCGCCCUGACGUUGCCCGUGUUGGAGUUGAUUCACAGUCCCGUGCUGCACAAGCUGUUUCAGUUGAGCGACGGACGGAACAGCUUUUAAUGAAGGGACGUGAGGAAGUAAUUGGGUGGCUGCAUCAACUAAAAGUCCGUGAACAACAAUUAUCACAAGAGAUAGCACUUCUGCAGAGGGAACUUAAUAUGGUUGCAGAGGCUGGUAGAUCUCAGGGUUCGUUUGGAGUAGAUCCAGACAUGCUUGCUCAAAGGGAUCGUAACCGUGAUAUACUGCUUCAGAAACUUGCUGCUUCUGUGGAAAGCAGGGAUAAAGUACUGGUUGAGAUGUCACGCCUGUUGAUAUUAGAAAGCAGGUUCCGUGUUGGCAGAAACUUCAAUCUGGAAGAUGCUAGGGCUAGUUUGGAAGCUAGUUUUGCCAGUGAAGCGGAAAUUGUUUUUACUACAGUAUCAAGCAGUGGUCGCAAGUUAUUUUCUGCCCUUAAUCAUGGCUUUGAUAUGGUUGUUAUCGAUGAGGCUGCUCAGGCCAGUGAAGUAGGAGUCCUCCCUCCACUUUCACUUGGUGCAGCUAGAUGUGUCUUGGUUGGUGAUCCACAACAGCUCCCUGCCACUGUUAUUAGCAAAGCAGCUGGAACUUUACUCUACAGCAGGAGUCUUUUUGAGAGGUUUCAGCAAGCUGGUUGCCCUACCAUUUUGCUGUCAGUGCAAUAUCGGAUGCAUCCCCAGAUCCGUGAAUUUCCAUCAAGAUACUUCUACCAAGGCCGCCUUACAGAUAGUGAAAGUGUCGCCAACUUGCGCGAUGAGGCAUUCUAUAGAGAUGCAUUAAUGGCACCUUACAUUUUCUAUGACAUCUCGCAUGGGCGUGAGUCCCAUAGAGGUGGGUCAUCUUCAUACCAGAAUGUCCAUGAAGCACAGUUUGCAUUGUGUUUGUAUGAGCAUCUUCAGAAGUUCCUGAGAGCUAAUGGUGGCAAGAAAGCAUCUGUUGGUAUAAUCACUCCUUAUAAGUUGCAGUUGAAGUGUCUUCAGCGGGAAUUCGCGGAGGUUAUGAAUACCGAGGAAGGGAAAGAUAUCUACAUAAACACAGUUGAUGCUUUUCAAGGCCAGGAGCGUGAUGUGAUUAUUAUGUCAUGUGUCCGUGCCUCAAACCACGGUGUUGGUUUUGUUGCAGAUAUACGCCGUAUGAAUGUCGCUCUUACUCGAGCUAGGAGAGCUCUAUGGGUUAUUGGUAAUGCCAAUGCCCUCAUGCAGUCAGAGGAUUGGGCGGCACUGGUAGCAGAUGCAAAGGCGAGAAAAUGUUUCAUGGACUUGAGUAGCAUCCCGAGUGACUUCCUAGCUAUGAACAAAUUUUCAAACGCCCGGGGCCUGAAUUCUUCAAGCAGCACAAGGUACAUGAGGACUAGUGGACCGAGACCGAGGCAUUUCGACAUGCUUCCGGCACCCAGGAUGGGUAUGACGGCCGGUGAGGAUGGCCAUCCCAACUCUGUUGCGAGAAAUGGUAGUUACCGGAAUCUGUCCAAUGAUGUGGGGCAUCCUGGUGAUAGGUCUAGAGAUAAUUUGCAGUUUGGGAGGAUCAGGGGGCCGAAUCCAUCCAAUGAUCCGUGGAGACAAGCCUAA